AUCGUCGAGGAUCCCCAAUUUAUAAGCAGAACUAGUGAGUUGCGCCGCCGCCUGCCAGAUUCUGGAAACAUCUCUCUUCUAACGUUGUAGGUUCCCAGGACGCCAUGGCUAGCUUCUUCUUUUCCUCGUCCAAGGCUUCUAGCAAGAUCGCUCUUUGCAAUCGGCUCCUGAAAACGCUGAUGAAUUCGACGCCGCCGCCGCCGCCGACGACGACGACGACUGUGGGCUUCAAUCACAGAAUCACUAUUAAAAGCCUUCCUUUUUGCACGAUUCCGACCAAACCCCCUCGCCCUCUGUAUGAAUGCACUCCCGCUCUUUUUGAUGAGUGGUGUAAAAAAUUUGAAAAGAAAUAUUCUUCAGAGGAAGAAAAAGAGCGCAGAUACAAGAUAUUUCAGGAAUCGUGCGAAGUUAUUAAUGAGAACAACUCGGAUCCUGAUAUCUCUCACACAGCGGGUCUCACUGAGUUUGUUGAUAUGACCUGUGAUGAGAGACAUCCGGCGAAUUCGCAACCGCUAUCUGAGUUCAAACUCAGUAAGCGGUUGAUUCGCUUAACCGCUGGACCUGGAAAAGUGAUUAGCGUUGACUCCAUGGAGGAGUGGAACCGUUUCUUCAAGCAGAUGCUCCGCUCGAAACGAUUGUUUGUGUUGUUUUUCACGAAGCCGUGGUACUGCAGAGGAUGGUCUAUCUCAGUAGCCAAUAGUGCAAAGAAGACACCCGAUGUUGUAUUCAUGAAGAUCGAUGCUUCUGAGCUGAAGGCUGUUGCUGAUAAAUACGCAAUUGAUGCUAUGCCCACUUGUGUGAUUCUGAAACAAGGGGAGGAAGUGGAUAGGUAUGUAAGUGCUAACAUCAAAAAACUGCGGAGCAAAAUUGACAAACAUGUUCUGUGAAGAUGUUUCAACAAGUAUUUAUAUCUUCUGCUGGUAUGUUUCUCUUGUUGAUAUAUAUUAUGUUCUAUGUGGAGGCUUCUCGAUAAUGGAAUGGGGUAUUCUAUCGAAGUAUUUGUGUUUUCAAUCUGUCUCUUUUGCAUGAUUUAUAAAUUAUUGACUUCCGCUUCAUGUCAAUGAAAUCAUCCAGUUCCGAAUUCCAAGUUCAUCCGAAAGGUUUUUGUUUACAUGUUAUUCCGAAUAAACCUUAUUGUGUUUAGACUUUCAAGCUGACUUCUUUAUAUCUGAUUAUAAUAGUUUGUAAUUUUAUUUA